AUGAAUACUUCAAAAAUUCUACAGUGUUUCAUUGAAGAAAUCAAUUUAAAAUCCAUCUAUUUAUUUGAGCCAAUGGAAAAGACAUUCUCUGUGGCUGUUUGUGUUGUCGCUGAUCGAACGAGCCAUCAAACUCCCAAAAAUCUCUAUUAUGAUCAAAUGCAUGAUGGGAUUGAGAGAAUCGAUCGGGCCUUUGUUGAGAUGAUUAUGAAUAUCAAUGAAAAUGAG